UGGAGGUUUAUAUUCACUGUUUACAAGAUAAGUCAAGAAAAUAACCAGCAGAUUCAGGCCAAUCCACAAUGAAAAUAAUAAUAGCUGAAGCCAACAAAAUGAUUAUAAAUUAAAUCCAUAACCCAACAAACUGCAACAGUAAAAUGCUGUUUACGUCUGAAUGCAGUAAUAAUCUACUAAUGUAUAAUAGUAACACAGAGACAUACAGAGUGGACAUACAGAGUGGUUAUUUAUCCACAUUUACUUUCGAGUUAUUUUUGGUAGUCGUCACUUCACUGAUUGUACUUAAAUAUUUACUUAAAUGUUUGCAAAGCAGUACAUUUCCUUUCCUACAAUAUGAUAUUAGUCCUUUUACUCUUAUAAUGAUUGGCAAACCUCCUGCAACACUGAUUUACAUAUAGCACAAAACAAUACUUCAGUACAGCACUAGAGUAAAUGUACUUCUUCCGCCCAGCCACACGAUGACAUUUCUUUUUGUUUUUUUGCUGGGCUGAACUGGCACCAUUUACAUCUAUAAUAUGAAUAACACCCAUAUACACACUCAUAAUAGCAUGCUCAGUAAUGUCCCCUACUGACAUGUUUACAUGUCUUAAUGUGGAGGGGGUGCUGUCGGUGCGCAUGCGCCUGUCCCGCGGCUUCUACUCAGUAUGCACAUGCAAAGAAAUCCCACAACGUGAGGGGCAGCGCACCGGAGGGACGAGCCAGUAGUUCUGCAGCUGCCUGGUCUCUGUUUACACCUUUACUCAUAUCCGUGCACCGGCUCGGGCCUGACAGCGGCGCGUAGCUUCGUUACACCGGCUCUUCAAGUCACCAAGUGUCGGGGACCCGGAGGGAGCGAUGUCGGAGGAGGAGGGCGGGUUGGCAAUAACAACAACACGGCGCGCUGCUGCCGCUGCUGCCGCUGCUGCUGCUGUCCCGUUAGCAUCACAGUGUUCUUCGGUCCAUGUCGUUUAACCGCGCCGGGCCAAUACACCCGUCCACGCCUCCAGUCCAGACCCGUCCCGUCCCGUGCCGAGGCCCGCCCUGAUGGCCGAGGCGGACCCCCAGCAGCAGCAGGCGGACCGCGGGGCGGGGAGCCUGCCCGGCCUGCUCCUCCCCGGGCUGCAGGGCGCCGAGGCCAGUGCUCUGCAGCUCAGGAUCAAGAACUCCAUCUGCAAAUCUGUUCAAUCAAAAGUGGAAAACAUCCUGCAAGAUGUCGAGAAGUUCUCAGACAUUGAAAAACUCUACCUCUACCUUAAGUUGCCUUCUGGUCCGAGCAGCUGCAGCAGCACUGAGAAGAGUGACCAGAGUGCCCUGUCCUCAAGCCGCACUCAGCAGAUGCAUGCGUUCAACUGGAUUCGCAAUCAUUUAGAGGAAUACCCGGAGACAUCUCUCCCCAAACAGGAAGUCUAUGAUGAAUACAAGAGCUUCUGUGACAAUCUCAACUACCACCCGCUGAGCGCUGCAGACUUUGGGAAAAUGAUGAAAAACGUCUUCCCGAACAUGAAGGCGCGUCGACUUGGCAUGAGAGGAAAAUCUAAAUAUUGCUAUAGUGGAUUAAGGAAGAGACCCUUUGUUCACAUGCCAUCGUUACCUGCUCUGGAUCUCCAUAAAUCACCAGAAGGACUGCAGUGUGAUGUCCUGGAGUCACCAGGUCAGCUCAGCAGCAUCAAGGAGGAGGUUCGGUUUGCAGCCUGUGACCUGGUGUGUGAGUGGGCCCAGAAGGUGCUGAAACGCCAGUUUGAUGCCGUGGAGGAUCUGGCCCGCUUCCUCAUCGACAGCCACUACAUCAGCAACAAGUCUCUGGCAGCUCUCACCAUUGUGACCGGCACAGCCACAGAGGUUAAGACUCCACAGUCUGCAUCAGCUUUCAUCCCCACUGCUGAGGCUCACUCCUUCCAGCCUCACGUGACGAACCUGUCGUCACCUUCUGUCGAUGCGAAGCAGCAGCUCCAGAGGAAGAUCCAGAGAAAACAACAGGAACAGAAGCUGCACUCUCCUUUACCCGGAGAGGGACAAACCAAGAGAUCAGAGGAAAGUGUGCCUUCAGGUAGCCCCACACCUCCGUCACCUCAGCCAACCAUAGGCAUUGUGGUCGCUGCCGUCUCCAGCCCCAUCACGGUUCAGAGAAGUGGGCAGCUGAUGUCCCCAAGUCCGGUGGGAACAGUUGAGAGCAAAGCGCUUCCCUUCAACUUCCAAAUGGUGACACAGCCGAUGACACGGAGCCCAAAGACCCUGCAAAAUAUUCUGCCCAGUCCAACGGGAGAACGCACGGCUCGGCAGCGCUACGCUCAAAUCCUGCCCAAACCUUUAGCCACGACCUCUAUCACUUUGCACUCACCCUCUGCCAUGAUCAUUGCCAACAGCCCGAUUAAAACUGUGAUGACCACGUGUCAUGUCAGCCCAGUCAGUUUGGUCAAGAUGACGGCCAUAUCGUUGGCACCCAACAGCAGCACCACCACCACGACCUUCACAAACGCGACCCUGCGGUCAGCAUCUGCAGGGAUCAGCACUUCCACUGUUGCAGAAGACAUCAGCUCUAAUCAAACCACGAGAAGCGCUUCUGCUGUCCCAAUGCUGGCCCCGGUGGCCUGGCAAGGGCAGACAGCUGCCGCUCACAGCAUCGAUGUUGAAAUGGAAGUCGAAGCAAUACAUCAAAAUAGCCAAAUGCAAAAUCCUAGCAGUCUCAUUUUGACUCAAGGGGCAAUGGCAAAUAGAAGCAUAGGGGCUGUACAGAGGGCCGCCAGUGUUCCUAUUCCUCAGACGAAAGGCUUCCUGGUUCUGGAAGAAACAUCUCUCACUAAAUACAAUGGAAAGUCCUCCUUAUGCACUUACGCUACGGCAGAAGUCGAAAGCAGCAAUAGAAGCACCAACAAUACAAGCACUUCGCACUUGACUCCCUCCCCUCAGAAUACCAGCUCUGUUUCGAUACUGAACACCAGCGGAGCUCCUUCGUGUCGGGACAGCUGUGGUGUGACACCAACAAAGGAAAGUUUCCUGUCCACCAAAAGCCUAAGGAAACGCUCUAGCGUCAGCCCAGAACCUUCCCCAGUCAAAAGGGUUUUUAUGCCCCAGCAGCCUGUAGGGGGCACUGCUGCUCUUGGAUAUGGCAUCAGAAAGCCAGUCGGUUAUUUCUCCAGGCUGGGAGCUCCGACUCGACCCGAAAGUGCACCGGCCACCAGGGAGGUGGAAGUGAGAAUGAACUCUGUCUCUACCACUCCAGUCCAUUCACUCUGCACUUCCUCUUUCAGACCCAGUGGCUUUUACUCUGUUGCCAACACACAGAGCUCCAUCCAGAGGAAAAACACCACCACUGUUUUGGAAAAUAGCAGCUCAGUCAGUCACGCAUUAACACAGCAACAGCAGGGGCACACAGUGGCUAAUGUGCAUGUCAUACCUAAUAACCCCAGCUUCCAGCAGCACUCAGGUGAUGGGAGGAUCUCAAACUCCACCACAGGAAUCAUGCAAGGAGCUCAGCAGCAAAGCUACACCCAGUCCAACCCUGCCAACGAAACCUUAGAGUUUUUGAGUCAAGUGUCAUCGUCCAAUCAUCUCCCUAUGCAGACAGACAUGGACUACUUUCCCUUCGAUGACGAUGUGACUCAGGACAGCAUCGUGGAGGAGCUGGUGCAGAUGGAGGAGCAGAUGAAGCUCAACAGCCUGCGUGGGUUCGGAGUCACAAUGCAAGGCAAGCAGCACGCGGUGCCGGACAACGUUAUGUCCACUAAUCAGUCAAUGACUGCUUUCUAUCACGCUGCCAACCACAGCGGCAACCCAAUCCAUACACCAACCCCGACACCCACUCCCACACCAACGUCAGAGAUGAUGGGAGGAGCUCAAGGCUUCACCGGCGAGAGUCCCUGCUCCCACAUCGCCUCCACACCCCCCGUGGACAGCGCGCUGGGAAGCAGUCGUCACACCCCACUCGGUACUCCACACUCCAGCUGCAGCAGCAAUGUGCCACCCAGUCCGGUGGAGUGCAGGAAUCCGUUUGCUUUCACGCCCAUCAACUCCAGCAUUACUGGUUUCCAUGACUGCAGCACUGUCUCCAGCAGCCCCGUCAAGCCCAUGCAGAGGCCGAUGGCCACCCACCCAGACAAGACCAGGCUGGAGUGGAUGAAUAACAGUUACAACAGCAGCAGUGAGAGUUUAAGCAAGUCAAACAGUGGAAUGGGAAUACUCCCCGGUUAUCAAGGCCUGAUAGAUGACCAUUUUCAGAAACCUCAUGCCUUUGCCGUCCCUCAUGCGCGGUACCACGACAGCAGCUUCGGCCGCUUGACUCCCAUCUCUCCUGUGCAGCAGCAGGUAGCUAACAUGACCAACAUGACCAAGCAGGAGGGUUUCGCUGUACCUGCCCCACUGGAUAAUAAAAACACCAACGCACCCACUACAAAUUUCCGCUGUCGCAGCGUGAGCCCCGCGGUGCAUCAGAGGAACUUCUGCGGAAACAGCGCCCAUCCCAACGUCCUUCGUUCAGUGGUGUCUCCCUAUAAUUCUCCUGUGACUCCUGAGAUGUUGAACAUCUUUGCAAACAGCCAGACUAAUCUUGGGAUGAGCAGCAUGGCCCAGCGGAGCCGCUCAGUGCCGCUCAACAUCAUGAUGCAAACUGAGGUCCGUCCCAUGGCAGGCCAACAAUGCAACAACAAAAACCUUGGCAGUGUCCUUCUGAGCAAGCUGGACAGUGACAGCGACGAUGCUCUGCGGGGUAUAGGCAUCAGUAAUUUACCCUCCAGCUACACUGCGCGCAUGAACCUCACUCAGAUCCUGGAGUCUGACCCAAGCCUCUCCUGCGCUGACAACCACCUCAGCAUGAUGACCUGUGACACCACCAGCCCCUGCAAGCUGCAGAGGCCAGAUUACCUCAUCGAAAGCGCCAUUAAUGAACCAAUGCAUUUCUCUGCAAGUGAGAGCCUAGUACAAUCUGCCUCUAGACAGCAUCAGCAGGCCCAGUCUAUGAUGUUAACUCUGAACCAACAGCAGCAGCAAGAAGAACUGCAUCAGCAUCAGCACCUGGACUUCAGCAGCACCGUCAACGACCUCCUGACAGACCACAGCCUCGCUGCCGGGGGUCAGCUCGUCGAACAGGCGUCAGAGCUGACUACAGGCGGAGCAGACUUCCCUUGUGAAAUCAGAAUGACGUCAGAGUUCUCCAGUAGCAUCAACGACCUCAAUGCAUUGGAUUCAAACCUUCUGUUUGACCCCAACCAGCAACAAGGGCAAUAUCAAAACACUGCCCCAGAGGAGAUGGUGAAUGAGCCGCUGUUUCAGCACAUCAGCAGCGAGACGGCUCAUUCGAGUGGACUUGACUGGCUGGAAAGCAAAGAUCAAACAACUGUUGGAUUGAUGGGUUGAGAACUGAGCUUUUUUUGUAAAUCUUAUCAUUUUAACUUGGAGUUGCUGUUUGUUUGUACUUGUUUUCAGGCAUUUACACCUAAAAUGCAACAAUGGACACAGUGAGGUUUGUCCAGUUUAAGUGCCAGGCUGAACUGCAAAGAUGCUGCAACACACUGAUCAAAAUGCAAAUCACAGAACAUCACUUUAUACUGUUGUAUUAAGUGCAAGAAAAACUGUGGUUCCUGAACACACCUAAUCCUAAAUCUGUUUUAUUAUGUUGUGUUUGAGGUUUCACGACAGAAUCAACUCUUAAAAGUUCCAUAUAACCGAUCCAUGAAUUAUGCAAGAAAUAUGGAAAUUGAUAAUAUUGAUCAAAAUAUACUUUUACAACAAUAUUUCUGUAAUCAAAGGCAUUACAGUAUCUAAUUCCUCUGAGUAUCGGAGAUGGAAAUGGAAGCAUCAAACAGUCGUCAGUCUGCUUUCAGUGCAGCUGAAAAAGAUCAAAACAAUCCGACAUGUUAAAAAUAUACAAACACUUAAUAGAAAAACAAUUUUAUGACAAAAAUGCAGCAAAAUGCAUCCAUGUAAAUCCAUUAACUAUAUUAUUAUGGUCACCCAUCACCCAUAAUUAAUAUUAUGCUAAAGAGUCUGCUUGGAGCUUAUUACAGAAUUAAAUUUAUCAUAUCCUCAUUUCUUAAACUUGGAUAUGCUUUUUUUUAUUAUCACAGAUUUUGAGCCUUGUCCGAAUCAGACUAAGUUUUACUUGAUGUCAAUACUAAUAAUAUUUGGCCUCUGUGUGCACAUUGCUUUAUUAAUAUGUCAUAUUUUUUGCAAAAUUUGAAUGAAGUUGUCUUGAAGAUAUUUAUAAAGCUCUAAUGAAUCCCUUUAAUUUAUAUGCAAAUCUUUUGAUAAUUGUUUUAUAUAGAUAUAUUUCCAAAUAUCAGCAAUACACUUUAUGCAAAAAAAACAAAAACAGAUUAAUGUCAAAGAAAUACACAAGUUGUCAAGUGUGGAAACAUUAAGCCGAGAGGGAAAGCCUCUGACUUGCAAUGAGGUCCUAAAAAUAGCUUUAAUUAUGGAUCUUUAUAGAUGGCAUGUGUAUGGUCAUAUUGAGAUGGAUUAUGUGAUAUCUUCAACAUGUAGAGAAAGAUGAGGCCUCAACCACUCGGAGAAAGGGAAACCACGUACCUAAGACUUCACUUAAAGCCCUUGACGGAAGGUUCCUGCACUUUGAAAGUAUGAAUCUUGUGUUAAAAUAAGAAUUAUUGGAAUUUUUAAAUAAAAAUGAAAUAAUAGCCAUUUUUCUUAGAGCUGAACUUAUUCACACAGUGUGCCAAUAACUAUUUGAAUAAGUAGGUAAAAAAAAAGUUAAAAGUUAAAGAAACUAACUACUAACUCAUCGUAGUGCACUGACAAUCUGCAAUACUUGAGAUUCUUUCGAAAAAUGCACUGUGUUUGGUUUGGAUGAAUAUCGUCACUGCCUGUAGCAGACCAGCCUCUUCCACUGGUGAAGAGUCGUGUCUGAAGAAGGGAUGCAACCAGCGAUUUAAAGGUGCUUCUGCGGGUUUUUGGAUCCUGAGCCUUAAGUCCAUCCAUACCAAAGACUACCUUUCAAAUAUAACCUGCAAUAACAUGUACUAACAUCUCUGGUGUCUGUUACUAAGUGAAACAUGUGGGAUUAUUGCAGCACUGGAAAAACAUUUGUUUCUAAAACUCAUAUGAGGAUUUCUACGUUUACUAUCAAUAAGGCUUUUCUAAGGCAAAAAACACCAAUUCAUUCAUGAAUUGUUUCUCUGUGUGUUAGCGUUAGGUCCCUGAGUGUACACUGUUGGUCACACAAACCUUAUUGUUGUCAGUGUGGCCUGUUUGUCUUUGUGGUUAUUUAUUCAGAAUGUGUUGUUUGUACAGAAGGUAUAACCUUUAAAACCAUAUAAUCCAGUGUAUCCACAAUAAUCGACUUGCACCGUUUUGUAGCAGACAGUAUGUUUUAAUUGUGUUGCAUAUUACCACCCAUAUACACCGCUUAUUUUGUCAACAUGAGUUGUUCAAUAUAUGAGGGUGAAUAAUGAAUAUGAUUUUUUCUUUUUUAUCCUCAAGAUUCAGCUUGUUCUCUAAAACAAUUUAGAACUGGAUCUUUUUUGCAGGGAUUUAUCCCCAAAAAGAUUUGCACAUGGUUUUAAAGUAUAAAAUAAUUACAUGGCGCAAUAUCAAUGCCAUAUAUAUUGAAUAGGCAGUACAUUGAAUCUUUGAGUGUGUUGAUAAAUUGAUGUUUUAUACAGAUUACAGAGGUUUGAACUUCUGGAAAAGCAGAUUGUAUCAUUUUAAUAUAUAAUCUCAUUUUGAGUCUAAUUUAAUAUUGAGUUAUCGAGAAAAGGAUUCUUAUUUUAUUCAGCUUUUGGAUCUUUUCUCUCAGUUUUGAUGUUUAACUUAGUCUGUGGAAACGAGUGCAUUUAUGUCAUUACCUCUGAAGUUUGUGUUUGAUAAAGCCGUUACCCUUCCUCUUGUUGUGAGUAAUUCAGAGCAGUAGAGCUGCCCUCCACUGUAGUCAUGUUGCUGUGAUCAGUGUCUAGAGGAUUCUUUUUUUUCUCUGCAUUUUAGCAAGUGCUUUUAUAAGGGGGAAGUGCUUGUUAAUACUGAUUUUUAAAUACUUUUUAAGACUAAUAAACAUUUUUAAGUACA